AUGUAUUUAAUAAUUUAUAAGCCUAAAGCCUAUAAUAUAAAUAUCGGCGAUUCGUAUAGCUCAUCAAGUUUUAGCAUUAGCGGCACGAAAUCCUCGGCAUCCAAUCCGAUAGGCAACCCUGCCCAGAGUAUGUUCGACUUCAAGACUUUGCCGGAAGUCCUCACCACCCAACUAAACACUUCGUUAACCCUGACAUACGACCUGGCAUCAGCUGGUGCAACGGCUAUUUAUACGCUCGUUCGUAGAGUACGUAAAGCUUUGGACCAAGAAUCUCCAACCACAGUGACACACCCCACAUAUGCGCCAUGGACCGCUGAAAGCUCUCUCUUUGCCGUCUGGCUUGGUGUCAACGAUGUAAGUGACACGUAUUCGCAAUCAGGAGAAGACGCGUGGAUAAAUAGGGACUUGGAUAACUACUUCCCUGUCUCCUGUCCUUGUACUCGAGUGGAGCACGAAAGUUUGCUAUUCUUAGCAUCCCCCGCGAGUCUCCCAUACCCACUUUGUUGUCCAAAAGAGCACGCUUAUAGUUGCGUAAUGCCAACACGUAUCGCUGCUUUCAAGCCAGCGAAUCUCGAAGCGAACGACGCCUUGGUCGACACACAGACGGCGUUCAACACGACAAUUAGCAGUCCGUCCGGCUAUGGUGCUCCUGACGCCCCUUGUUUCAACUCCGAUGGCAAAUAUUGCUUGCGGUGGAACAACUAUCAUCCUCAAGCUGCGAUACAUUAG